UUUGUCCAACCUAAAAUUAUGGCUUUCUUCUCUCACUUGCUUUUUAAGUCGUCUAUUAAAAAUUCAAAAGUCUUUCUUUUGAUGAAAUCUGACAAAAGCAACAACUUUCGAUCUUCAUAUCGUUUCUUCUGUGGAGAGUUGCUCAUCAUCAAUCUCUGCUUGCUUGCUUGCUGUGCAUGGAGAAGUAAUGGCAGAAAGUGCAGUGAGCUCUGUUAUUCAAUUUUUGGGAACAUUGUUAGUCGAUGAAGUAGUGUUGUUGAGUGGUGUCCACGAGGAAAUUUCCUAUUUCAGAGAUGAAUUGGUGCGCAUGCAGUGUUUCUUAAAAGAUGCAGAUUCAAGAGUAGCAGGAGGUGAGAGUGUGAAAAUAUAUGUGAAACAAUUAAUUGAAGUUGCUUAUUGGAUAAAAGACAUUUUCAAUGAACACAUACUUGUCUUGGCAAAACAUCCUCGACGAUUUGGUUUUUUCAUCAGUUUCUUUCGUAAAGUCACACGAUGGAUCACUGUACUAAAGCAACAACAUAAGAUUGCUUCUCAGAUCAAAGACAUCAAGGUUAGAAUCCAUGAGAUCAUGGGAAGGCAUGCUCGACAUGGAUUGACUACUUUCCUAGAACAUAACAAUCACAGCAGCAGUAUCACCGGGAAGUGGUGGCAUGACCCUCAAGUGGGUUCCCUUUACAUAGAGGAUGAUGAAAUCGUUGGCAUUGAAUCUCCUAAAUAUGAACUGAUAGGCAGAUUGCUGGCACAAGAAGAUCAAUCACAAGCAGUGAUCUCAGUGGUUGGCAUGGGUGGAAUUGGCAAGACCACUCUUGCCAUGAAAGUUUAUGACAGCCAAGAAGUGGUUGCACAUUUCAAUUGCAAAGCGUGGAUCACUGUCUCUCAAUCAUACGACCUAAAGGAGCUCCUCCAAACGAUGAUAAAGCAGCUAUCAGGAAUUUAUGUUCCACCUGAUGAGGGAAUUGAGUCACUCAUUGUCAAGCUAAGAGGAUAUUUAUCUGAAAAGAGGUACGUCAUUGUGUUUGAUGAUGUAUGGGAAACUGACUUUUGGGGAUCCAUAAGGCAUGCUUUACCCAAAAAUAGUAGAGGCAGUCGGGUAAUCAUCACCACACGCAAUGAACAGGUUGCUACAUUUUGCAAAGAAACUUCAAUGGAUCAUGUCCACGAGCUUGAAGCCCUAUCUGAAGAGAAGGCUUGGGAACUCUUUUGCAAGAAAGCCUUCCGACAAGACUUUGGGGUUUGUCCCCCCGAGUUGGAGAAAGUAUCACUUAAAAUUGUUAGAAAAUGUGAAGGAUUGCCACUUGCAAUCGUGGUAAUAAGUGGUCUCUUGUCCCUCAAAAUGAAGGUUAUAUCAGAAUGGCAAGAAUUCUAUGAUGGCCUGCGCUUUGAGUUGGAAAAGAAUUAUCAUCUUACAAUCCUAAAAAGAAUUUUGUUGUUGAGUUAUCAAGAUUUGCCUUGCCACCUCAAAUCAUGUUUAUUGUACCUUGGCAUAAUACCGGAGAAGUACUCCAUCACACGUGGAAGACUGAUUCGGUUGUGGAUAGCUGAGCGUUUGGUUCCAGAGAAAGAAGGCAGAACAUUAGAAGAAGUUGCAGAAGCAUAUUUGAAUGAGCUGAUCCAAAGACGCUUACUUCAAGUGUCAGAGUCAAAACUUUAUGGAAGAGUAGUUACAGAGUUCCGGGUACAUUAUGCACUUAAACACUGUCGGGUACAUCUUCUACUGCAUGAGCUUAUUCUCUCCAUGUCUGAGGAGUUUAGUUUCUGUCAACUUUUGACAGAUGAGAAUUCAAGUUUCAAUGGCAGAACUCGCCGGCUGUCUAUGCAUAUGCAUUAUUACAGUAUGGAAAAGGUUAUGGAAAGCAUUGGUAAAUCCCCAGUUCAUUCCUUUUUUCUUUUUGAAGUGGGCAAGCUGCCAAAGAAGCCCUUAUUGGGUACACUAGCUGCAAAGUUCAAGCUUUUGAAUGUACUAGAUCUUGAGGGUGCUCCUUUGGAUCAACUUCAUAAAGAAGUAGGAAAUCUAUAUUUUUUGCGGUACCUAAGUGUAAGGAGAACAGGAGUGCAGAUAAUUCCAAAGUCCAUAGGUAAUUUGCACAACUUAUUGACUUUAGAUUUGAAAUAUUCCCCCGUGAGUGAGCUACCAAUUGAUAUCAAUAAGCUUCAUAAGUUGCGACAUCUUCUUGCCUAUUAUCAUAAUUAUGGAUGUGCAAACAUAGUGGAUAUUGUAAGAGGAGUGCGGAUACAGGGAGGGAUUGGGCAGUUACAGGAGCUGCAAAAGUUGUGGCAUGUGGAAAUAAAUCAUGAUGAUGGGCUCAGCCUAAUUGAAGAGCUUGGGAAUUUGAUGCAGUUAAGGAAGUUGGGCAUAACGAAAUUGAAAAGGGAACAUGGGAGGGCUCUAUGUGCCACCAUUGAGAAGAUGAAUUACCUUAAAUAUUUGAAGGUAGCAGCCCUAAGUGAUGAUGAGAUUCUGGAUUUACAGUAUAUAUCAUCUCCACCUCAAUAUCUUCAAUGUCUCAACUUGGGUGGACGUUUAGAGAAGUUGCCUGACUGGAUCCCAAAACUUCAAAAUCUAGUCAAGUUAUCUCUAUUGCAUUCAGGUUUGACCAAUGAUCCACUAAAAGCCCUUCAAGUCUUACCUAGUUUAGAACAUCUUCAUCUUUGGAAUGCAUGUGAUGGGGAGCAAUUGUAUUUUGAGGUUGGAAGUUUUCAAAAACUUGAGCAACUAGAUCUCCUUGAAUUGGAAGGAUUGAAUUCGGUGAUAAUAGAGGAGGGAGCAUUGCCUCUUCUUAAAGAGCUAAGGAUUGGGCCUAUCCCACAACUAAAAGAGGUACCCUCUGGCAUCCACCACCUCCAAAAACUCAAAACUCUAGCGUUUAUUGAUAUGCCGAAAGAAUUCUUAGAUACAUUGCAACCCCAACCCAACCAAAGCAAAGACUAUUGGAUUGUUGAGCAUAUACCUAAUGUCUUGUUCUGGUCUCGGUGGGGCUUUUCUGGAUAUUGGAACAGCGGCACUCUUCAAAAGUAUUUUGAGAGGAAGGUGAAAAACCAAAGGGUUACUGAAGCUGAAUAAUGAAUCUUACAGUUCUGAAUGCAAAUUCAAUUCCAGGUCUAUUACCGGUAACACAUACAGUUGAAGGAAAAUCAAUGGCAGAGGCACCCAGAAUUCUAGUACUCCAAGCUGCCAAUCACCUCAUAAUUGAACAAACCCCUUUCUAUCACAGUUGAUUUUUAUUUCCUUUGGAUUGCGAAGUAAAAAGUGACAUCUCUGUCAAGAUGGGCAUGUUUGUUACGGUUUUUAUUGUUUUUUGCCAAGGCAGUGUUUUGGAUUUCUGUUAUCAAGACUUAUUUCGUGAUAACCACAAUUGUGUAACUUUAAUUGAGGCAAACAUAUGAUCAUACAUUCCUCGUUGUUGUAUCUAUUCUCUAAGUUCUAUUUUUGUUCUUUUCUUUCUAUUA